CAGCCACUCAAUCAUCUUCCGCGUUCUCCAUGGUUUGUGGUCUGCUCAUUUGCUUUAUGUCCUCGAUCUAGUUCCUUUUAUCCAUGGCACCAUCUGUCGUGACAUCCAUUAUCUUAUUCACCGCAUACCCUUAAGCUUCUUGUUUCAUGGUGGAGCACCCAUUACAUCCUUAAAACACCCCACAUCAUACCCACAACAACACCAACAAAAUGCGCACUGACAGCACCAAUUUAAAUGCAACACAGUCUCUAACUAUCCACUUCCGUCGCUUUCUCGAGUGAUUCUGUGUUCUUCCUCCUUUUGUAACCCUGAAUAGACAGGAACAUUCAAAGAAGAAUGGAUGCAUGGCACAACCGGUUAUGGCAGUAACCGAAUCCGACUGCUAUUCAAAGACCGACGGCAGGACUUUUCGUCGGUUUAUCCGGGUUGAAAAGCCUCUUGUUCCGACAAGGCAUAAACAAACGAUUCUAUACACCAUAAUCACACAAUGUCGCCACCACCAUCGAUGACACCACCACCUGGUUGUCCUAUGCAUCAACCUUCAGAACCAGAGCCAAAGAAGCCCGAGGUAUCUCCUCCACCAAGCUGCCCUAUGCAUCAACCCGAAACACCAAAAUCAGCACCACCACCACCCAGUUGUCCCAUGCAUCAACCAGGCGACAGUGGCAAUGGCGCUCCAGUGACGGAUAAGUUGAACGAACUCAACAUGAUGCCCAGUCAACUCUCACAAAACCGUCAAGAAGACCAAACGGUCGACUUGCCUACCGAACGAGUGAUCUCGACCAUUCCAAAGGCGGAUGCAAGCUCAAAGUGGGAGUAUCCAAGCCCACAGCAGUUUUAUAACGCUCUGCGACGCAAGGGCUGGGAGACACCUGAAGAAGAGAUUGAAACCAUGGUGGAUAUUCAUAACUUUUUGAACGAAGAAGCAUGGCAAGAAGUAAUAAAAUGGGAGGAAAUGCGCGGCGCCUGUCCCUGCGAUGAGGAUCCUUAUCUUGUUCGGCUUCAAGGACGACCGAGAGAUUUAAGCCCCAAAGCCUGGUGGCACUCGCUGUGGGGAGCUCCACGACCAUUUGAUCGACACGAUUGGUACGUUGGUCGGUGCGGUGAACAGCGACGGUAUGUGAUUGACUACUAUGAAGGAGCAGAAGAUGUUCCUGGCGUCCCCGUGUUCUUCUUGGAUGUGCGUCCUGCACUGGACGAUCCGACCAGCAUCUUUUGCCGUAUGAAAGCAGCUGCUUCGGAGAAAUGGGCAGAAUGGUUCCCCGGCAAGCCAUCCCCAGAUUCCAGCGCAUAAGCAAACCCUCGAUCAUCAACACCAUCCUGCUAUCAUUGUAUACACGCCUUUCAUCCCAACAUCCACGUCAUUAACAAAGUUACACAUACACACCCUUAUUCCACUUUAAUAUAGAAGCAAACAAAGAAGAAAAAACAGAAAUGUAAUAACGAACGAAAAC